AUGGCAGAAGAUAAAACUACAAAUAACAUCGAAAAUGAAACUCCUGAUAGUAAUGUCAAUGAACUUAUUCGUAUCGUUCACAGUCAUCUUACGCCUAUUGCAUCGAUAUAUUCACCCAUAAAUUCAACAUCUAGUGCAACGCGUACAUAUACACCACCAUUGAUGGGUACAUCGGCUCGUGCUGCUAAACGUCGAGUUGAUAGUGAUUCAGGACCAAUACGUAUUGAAGGGACAGAUACAUAUAAUCAGCAAUUACAACAUCAUUAUCAAAAUGUUCGACAAAUUUUGGAAGAUCAACAACAAAAUCAAGAUGAAUUACAUAGUUCAAAUGUUGAUAUGCCACCUGAAUCGCGACAAUCUUUUAGUGCUAAACGAGAUUUUUUCGAACAACGCUUUAAAACACCACCACCUACGUAUGAUAGUCCACCACGACAGCAGCAAGCACAGAAAAUAGUUACAACUAUUACAACAACAACAACCACAGCAGCAGCAACACCUACAGGACCGACAUAUAAUGUUCAAGAUCGUACAAGUUCAUCAUCGAAUGAAUCCCCAUCAGUUGAUCGUGUACUUGAACAAGCUGUUGAAUUACAAAAAAUGAGUAAUAUUAAUGCAAUUAAAAAUGAAUCUCAAGCACCUCUCAUCAUUGAACGUACUGAAGAAUAUCAAGUAUUUUUAGAUUCGUCAAAUCAUGAAGUUCGUCGUACACCAAGUACUUCACGUACAUCUAUUGUUCAAUUAACUAAAACUGGUCAUGCAACAGAUCUUGAUCAAGCACAAGCACAAGUCGAAAGUUUGACUGAUGAUCAUCAAGCUAUACAACAUUUAACUCGUGUACUUCAAGAACAUAACGUAUCCACUAUUAAUGAAUAUAAACGUUCACCAUCUCAAACAAAUCAAAAUCCUAUUGCAUUAUCAUUAUUAUCAUCACCGAAUAUUCUUGUUGACCGACCUAAUUUACCGAUAACAAGUGACUAUACAGUUAUAGACGCAUUAGUUAAUAAUCCGCUAGGAACGAUGAAUGACAAUUAUAAUAAUAUGUUAAAUAAACGUUGUAAUGAAAUAAUGACAAACUUAAGAAAUCCAGAAUAUUUAAAUACAUUGAAGCAAACAACAACAACAACAACAACAACAGCAGCGAUAGCUAAAGAUUCAAAAAAGAAAUCAAAAGAGAAAAAACCAAAAGAAAAGAAACUAAAAGAACAAAAUUCAAGAGAAAAUGAAAAAGAAUCAAAAAGAAAAACUUCAUUGACAGAUGAUAAUAUUGAACGUGCAACGGUGCGAUCUCAUAUUACUACUGCCGAAGUAUUACAAGCAAAAACAGUAGAGCCAAUGACAGCGGCGACUUUAUCUGAACAAGUUCCAUUAAUUGAUCCAAAAGAAAAGAAAAAACAAGAUAAAGAAAAGAAAAAAGCAUUAAAAGUGAAAUCUAAAUCAAAGUCAAAAUCUGAAAAUUAUCAAGCUAUUGAUGCCAUUAUCAGUAGUCCAAUAUCAAUACGUCUGCCAGAUUCUUAUCUAACCAAAUAUAAUGUUAGUCCACCAUUAUCGUUGUCAUUGCCUCUUCAAUCUAUACCAUCGACAGAAAUAUCUAAUCCAAUUAUUAAUAAAAAUACUACAACUACAGCAACAUUAUCAAAAGAUAAUACUAAUACUAAUGUACAAGAUAAGAAUCAAACAUUGUUUCAUCUAAUCCAAAUUGUUGGUGCAAUUCAAUUACAUGGUGCACCUGGUAUUAAAGAUUCAUUACAUAGAGUACCAACAAAAACUAGCAUUGCAACUGAUUCUAAAGAAUCAAUUAUUGCACCUAAACAAUCAGCAUUUGUUUUAAAUGAAGUUAUUCAUGAACAAGCUUUAUUAGAACAACAACGUCCAAUUGUAACUUCCAAUCCAACAGUGCCUUCUCUACACGGAGUUGUUCGUCGACAAUCUCUAUUAGAACAACAACGCCCAAUAACAUCUCCUAAUGAAGCAGAAACAAAUCUCCAGUCUGAACCAAUAAAGCCUCGUAUUAUUUAUCGUUAUAUGGACGAGCAAGGGCGUAUACUUAAAAUAUCAUCUGUACCACCUUCUGAAUUACGCGAACAACCAGCACAGCAAUAUACAUAUCAUAAUAUAGAACCACCAUAUCUUUAUGGUAGACAUAUUGCUGUUAAUGAUGAUCGUCGUCAUCCAUUACCACAAUAUGAACAACAUGCUACAUGGCACGGUGAACCGAAAUUACCGACCACUGUCACACGUGAAGAUUUCGAAUUAAGAGAUAGACGUGUACCACAAUUAAGCGAACAAUUCAUACCAGCCGAACGAACAAUACCGGCUUCUGUGGAACAUGAACGCCCAUCAAGAACUUCAUCUCAACAGCAACCACGAACUUAUCAUUAUCCAAAUCAACAGGCUGUUAAAUUAGCUUGGCUACCACUUUCGUAUCCAGCAGAACAAGCAAUGCCAGGUGGUGCUACUGGUUAUGAUACAGAUUCAACAAUUAGUGAACGUUCAACUACACAGCGUCCUUAUGAAUAUGGACCAACGGAUAGCCAAUAUCGUUACACUAAUCGACCAUAUUAUAAUGAUCAUUAUUAUAAUCGAUCACCGGGUCCAUCUUAUUAUCGAAAUCCACCAACAGUUCAUUACGGUGGCCGCGGUGUAUCACCUGAAUAUGGUGGCUUAUCUCGUAACUAUAUUGAAGUAUUUCGUGGUGGUGAUUUUCGUGAAUCAAAACCAAGCGAAAUCUAUUCUUUACCAUUGAGUGAACAAAUGCGAACAUCACCAAAUUUUCCGUCAAGUAGUCGUUACUCACGUUAUGAUCAAUAUCAAUCAGAAAGGUAUGGUACCAUGUUAAAUCGUAAUAAUAUUGCAUCAACACAACCAGCUUAUUAUUCGAAUUCAUUGCCUAAAUCACAUUAUCAAAAUCACAUUCCACCAUCAACUGUACAUGCAUCAACUUAUUAUACGCACCGUAGUCCAUUUCAACAUCGUACAGUUCAAAGUAGUCCUAAUCCAGAAUGUAAAAAUUUUAUUCGUCAUUCAAAAUCAUUUGAUUAUCGUCCAUUACGUACGAAACUACAACGCGAAUAUAAAAUAACGUCUAAUUUACUUGUUGAUGAAUGGGACUAUCCACAAACAUCCCAAAAUAAUAAAUAUUCGGCAGCAACGUCAGCUACGAAUCAAAGCGGUGUUUCAUCACCAGAUGAUGUUUUUAUUAGUAAUCGAACGAAUAAGGCAUAG